UUUACAUACGCACGAGCUGAGCAUUGAAUAUUGAUACUGCAAGAGAAACUUGUUAAAGCAGAGUGAAAAGAAAACACACGAAGAAAAUACUUUCGUUUGGACUAGGUCGGGUGACACACUCUCAAAAUUUAGUAACAAGUUGGUCAACAUAUGAGCCGCACCAGUAAAUAUUGCGUAUAAAUAGUUUUAUAUCAUUUCGCAUGUGCCUAAAUACAAAAUGCGCAUCUUGAUUCCAACGCUUAUAGUGGCCAUACUUAUAGCCGCUUCACAUGUUCAUGGAGCAUCCAAAGUUGUGCAAUUAGCUGAUUUGCAAAAUGUGGAACUGAAAGACUCUGGGCGCCAAGCCGCCAGCACGGGUGCACCCAACUUUGUGCGUCUUGUCAUAAUGCGUCUGAUAUACGGUAUUGCUUCCACCAUGGGUGUAGAGGAUCGGCUAGAGGACGCUUUCAAUGGAGCAUUUGUGCCGCCAAAUUCUGAUGGACUUGGAUUUGGAGACUUUGGUGGUGGCGAUGACGACGGUGACGGUAUAUUAGGCAACAUUUUCGACUCGGACUAUUAA